GAGUAAUCAUAAUACCAUGUUUGCCAUAGCUUCCCCAUCAUCAUCUUCUUCUUCUAGGAAAUAUGAUGUGUUUCUGAGUUUCAGAGGAGAGGACACUCGCAGAUCCUUCACCAGCCAUCUCCAUACUGCCUUGUGCCUCAGAGAUAUUGAGAUAUACAUUGAUUAUAAGCUCCCAAAAGGCAAUGACAUCUCCCAAUCACUCAUUGAAGCAAUUCAGGAUUCAUCCAUCUCUGUGGUGGUCUUCUCUCAAAACUAUGCCUCCUCCAAAUGGUGUUUGAAUGAGCUCCUUCAGAUCCUUCGCUGCAAACAACAGCAGGCACAGAUUGUUGUUCCUAUCUUCUAUGAAAUCGACCCAUCUCAUGUACGCAAACAAAGGGGAGCUUAUGAGAAAGCAUUCGCAGAACAUUUGGAGAAAAACCCAGAGAAGGUGGAGGAGUGGAGACAAGCACUUUUUGAGAUUGCAAAUGUAGCAGGAUGGGACUCCUGCAACUACAGGGAUGAAGCAGAACUUAUUCAAAAUAUUGUCAAUGACGUCAUCAACAAACUAAACCAUGGAUACUCAGGAAGUGUAUUAGAAAAUAUUGUUGGAAUUGAUGAGAAUUUGGAUCAUAUUGAGUCGUUGUUAGAAGAAUGCUCAACAAUUGGGAUUUGGGGGAUGGGGGGGAUAGGCAAAACAACAAUGGCUAAGGCUGUGUUUACCAAGCUCCGCUCUCAAUUUGAUAGUUGCUGCUUCUUGAAGAAUUUUACGGAAAAGUAUGAAAAGCAUGGCUUAGAAUAUGUACGUGAUGAACUUUUUCGAGAAUUAUCAAAGAAUACAUCUCUUGGGAGGCUCAAUCGUAGAAGAGUUUUGAUUGUACUUGAUGAUGUUAGCAACACAAAGCAGUUAGAUGAGUUGAAAAGUGAAGCUCCUCCUUUGGGACCUGGUAGUAAAGUCAUCAUAACAAGUAGGGAUAAGCAUGUGCUUCAUGGAAGAGUUGAUAAAAUACAUGAGGCCAAGGAAUUGAGCUACAGAAAUUCACUUGAGCUUUUCAACGUCAAAGCCUUCCACAAAGAUGGUUAUGAAAGGGAAUAUGAAGAACUAGUUAAAAGAGCACUUGCUUAUGCCAAAGGCAUCCCACUGGCCUUAACCGUUUUGGGUUCGCUUCUACAUUCCAGACCUGUAGAUCAAUGGGAAAGUGCGUUGAGAAAAUUAGGAAGGAUGGCCAAUGAAGAUAUUCAAGAAGUGUUAAAAUUGAGCUACGAUGGACUUGAUGACGAAGUGAAGGAGAUAUUUUUAGACAUUGCUUGUUUUUCUAAAGGUCAAUCUGGACAAUAUGUAGAAGCAAUGCCACCAGAGAUCUUUGGCUUUGGCGCAAGCAUUGGUUUGGGAAUUCUUGUGGAUAGGGCAUUGAUAAGUCUUAGUCAUGGUGCGGGAAGUGACGCAAUUCAAGGCAUAAAUUUAGAUUUGUCUCAAAUUACAGAAUUGCAAUUGAGUGCUGAUUCCUUUGGAAAGAUAACAAAUUUAAGGCUUCUGAAACUCUAUUAUUCAUCCUUUCAUAGAAGAUCGUGUGUUGUGAAUCUUCCUUCAGGGCUUGAAUCAUUUCCCAAUUCGUUAAGGCAUCUUCAGUGGGACAAUUUUCCUUUAAAGUCUUUACCAUUGUCAUUUUGUGCCGAGAAGCUAGUUGAACUUCGGAUGCCUGGUAGCUGCCUUCAAAAACUAUGGGAUGGCAAGCAGGACUUGGUGAAUUUAAGGAAUAUAGACCUUGCGGGAUCUAAAAAAUUGAUAGAGUUGCCAGAUUUGUCAACAGCUACAGCACUUAAAGAGGUUAUUCUUUAUGGGUGUGAAAGUUUAUGCCAUCUUCAUUCAUCCAUUUUAUCUCUUCCGAGAUUGAGGUAUGUGAAUCUUAUGUUUUGCAAGAACCUAAAGAGUUUGAAAACAGAGAGUCAAUCAAAAUCGCUCUCACAACUAGAUGUUAGGUAUUGCUAUGGUCUCCAGGAAUUUUCAUUCUCUUCAGACCAACUAACUUCUUUAGAUUUAUUGGGCUUGCAAAUCAAGAAUUUAGACUUUUCAAUUGGGCGUAUGGAGAAACUUCAGAGUCUCUCUCUUAGCGGUUUCAAUCUAAAGAAUCGUCAAAUUAAAGACAUUUGUUGCAUGAGAUCUCUUGAGGAGCUUCGUCUUUGGAAUUGCAAGGGAAUAAUUGGCAAAUCAAAGCUCCAUAGCUUAUUUGAUGCUUUGAGAUCUCUAAAAUCACUUUCUUUGCAAUGGACAUCCACAUUAACUGAACUUCCAAACAAUAUCAAGCAUCUCUCGAGGCUACAAUCUCUUGAUGUAAGCUAUUGCAGGGACCUUCAAUCUUUACCGGAGCUUCCUCCAUCCAUUGAAGAAUUAUGCGCCUACCGAUGCACAUCAUUAAAGACGCUGCAGUUCACUUCUCAUACAGAAUCUCCCUUGUUGGUAGAUGAAAUAAUUUUGGGUUCAAGUUCAACGCUCCGUUCCUCAGUUAGUUAUCUCCAAAAUCUUCGAGAGCUUACUCUUGUUGGUUGUAAGCAGUUGUAUGAACUCCCUGAAAACAUUGGCUCCUUGUCUUCAUUGUCUUCAUUGUAUCUGAGUGUAAGUAGUGUAGAGAGCUUGCCUGCCAAUAUCAAGUAUCUUUCAAAUCUAGAAACAAUAUACUUGGUCAAUUGUACAAAACUUCGUUCUCUGCCAGAACUGCCGCCAUCCAUCGAAACCGUCUUCGCUCAUGGUUGCAUAUCAUUGGAGACUGUAGCAAUUUCGAUACCUUUUGCACCACAAUUAGGGUCCCUAUUUCUGUUAGAUUGCUUGAAAUUGGAGAACUGCUUUUUGUCUCAUGUUAAGGAAAGUGCUUAUUUCUCAUUGAAUCGAUUAGCGUACACACAACAAAUAGGUGGUGUCUGUUACCCUGGAAGAAAAGUUCCAAAGUGGUUUGGAUCUAAUCAGAGAACAGAGGCUUCCAACUAUAUAACUAUUGAAUCUCCUUCAACCACAAACGACCUAAUCGGCUUCGUUUUUUGCUCUAUUCUUUCUCAGCAUCCCUCUCACGCUGACUUGCAAUGCCAACUUUAUUAUGAUGGUAAGCAGUGCAAAUGCUCUAAGUUUGAAUUUUACAGAGGUGAAAAUUCGGAAUCACAUCAUGUUUUUCUAUGGUGUGAACCUCACCCAUUCAUAAACUUCCAUAAAGCAAUGGACAACCAAAAUGCUAAUUACAAGCCAAAGUUGUCAUUUGAAUUCUUUGUUGAUAGAUUUGGAAAGAAGCAUGUUGAUUGUAUGAUUGAAGCAUGUGGAGUCUGCCCAAUAUAUGCCUCCAAAUAUCACGACUUCAUUCAACGAAUGGGACGGGAGCCAAACUUGGGUGCCCAAAAAGAGUCCUGUCAUUAUGCUGAUGAGAAUUCAUUUCAUGAAAUGAUCCAAUAUGUUAGAUUCGCAUUGAAGCAAGGAGAAUGUGGCAAUUUUGGAGGAAGUACUAUUCCAGAGUGGUUUACUUACAAAAAUUCAGUGACAAAGUAUGGAGAUUUGCGUGUGAGUGUUCAGCUUGCUCCAGAUUUUGAAAACUUAAUUGGUUUCAUUUUCUGCUUUGUCAUACCUCAUUUCUCCUCAAAAGAAAGGGAUCAAUGUCACUCAUCAUGUCAAUGCACCUGGCAUGACGUGGAAAAUUCUCUCUUCUUUUUGCAAGGUCCAACAGGAUGGCACUAUUCAAUGGAAAAAUUGAAUUCAUAUGAUAAAGUGUUUCUAUGGUAUGAUCCCCUCUAUUGUGAACGCAUACUACACAAACAGCGAAGAAAGGGAAAAGGUUAUAAUGAGGAGCUUGAAUUUAAAUUUAAGUUUGUUGAUGUCGACGCCAAAGAAUGGGGGUCUUAUAGCUUGAUCAAAGAAUGUGGAGUUCGGCCAAUAUAUGUCUCAGAGUACACAAACUUCCUCCAACAGAAGAAAUUGGAGGUAAGCAUGCCAAAAAGGAGGCAUCAAAAUAUUGAUGAUGACCAAUAUCAACUCCCUUCAACAAAGAAAUUGAAGGACUCAUAGAUAUCAUUCAAUCUAUUCCCCUGAAUUCUAAGUCCAUGACAUCUCAUUAUGCUGAUUACUUGCUACUUAUGCUGUCCCAAUUGAACUUAGAAUCUACAGAGCAAUGCAUUACUUGAUCGGUAUGUGUCUCUCUUUUACAGUUCAUCAAUUAAGUUUGAAAUUGUUUUACCAUAGCUGCCCUAGGCAAGUAUAGAAGAUGCUUUUAAAUAAAAAUGUGUUAUUUGCAGUAUAUUUAAUUCUAUUAAUGUGUUUAUAUCCAAUUUUUUCCAAAAUUAGGCUUUUACUUUCUUGACUUCUUACAAUAAGUACGUGUCAUCUCAAACAACUACGCUGAUAUGUUUCUUGAUGUAGAAUUCCAGUAAAGCAUAACAUAAUAGGAAGCUUGGUAUGUAUAGCUUAGUUUCAUUGGAUACCGUGAUUAAAAGCGUAUGUUGGUGAAGUGAAAUAACCAACCAAAUGUUAAGAUGAUUUUGUUUAGGAUGAAAAUGAUUUAUCUUCUUGUAAUUUUGUUCUAUUGAAAAACGAAACUAUUUUUCACAACUCCUACUUUGCCGGAUUUCUGUCUAUUUAUAAGAGAGUUCGACUUCUGCAACAGUCAGCGGAGGCUAAGAGUCUUCAUGAUUUAGCCACUUGUAUUCGUAGGUGUAAACUGUGGUGAAGCAGUAAAGCUUUUAUCUCCUCUGGAAUUCAUAACCAAGUACUGAUAAUGGGUAAUGUGCUGAUUGCAGCGAGCCGAGAUUUGAAGUUUGACAUAAUAUAUGUAUUCGGUCAUCAUUCUCGGCCAAGAAAAGGUGACAGUAAAAAGCGCGGAUGCUGCUGCUUAAUAGGAAAAUGUAUUCAUACUGUUGUUGGAGACAAAAGAAAAUUGAUGUUUGACAUUAAGAUGGUUAAGUCCCAUGAGUUGGAGAUUCUUCUGUUUUCUUUCAAAAUAAUUUCUUUCUUCACUUUGUUAUGCUUGCUUUCGUUUUCUCUCUGCAUUUAGAAAGUUUUGUACUGAAACAAGAAUGUUUGGGCGUGACUUUGUAAUUUGAAAAUGAUCUUCAAGUUGUUAUUAAUUUAAAUUGCAGAUAUUGAUGUAUAAGAGACACUGAUUGUGAUGUCCAAUUAUUAAAGCAAUAUGGAAAAUGGGAAGAGACCACAAGCAA